GGUGCUCCCUCUGCUGAUAAAAGCCAUGAGAGACACUGUCAUUGCCUUCCAGGACGCGUGUCGAGGAGCCCAGACCCCGACAGCACCAGCUACAGAAGCGUAGGACCUCGGAUUGGCAGCAGAAGACAGUUUUCCAGCCGCCUCUUCCAAAAUGGUGACUGCCAAGGUGUGGGUGCUGAAGAAGCAUUUUGAGGGUUUUCCCAAGCCCAGCGACUUUGACCUGAAAAAGAUAGAGCUGCCAAGCCUAAAGGAUGGAGAGUUGCUGCUUGAAUCAGUGUUUCUUAGUGUUGAUCCUUACAUGAGACCUUACAGUCAAAGGGACAUGAAGGAAGGAGACAUAAUGAUAGGCACAGAGGUUGCCAGGAUUGUAGAAAGCAAGAAUCCAGCUUUUGCGGUUGGGGCCUUUGUUGUGGCUAAUAGUGGCUGGAGAAGUCAUUUCAUCUCUGACGGGAAAGGCCUCCAUCUCCUUCCUUCAAGCUGGCCAGAAUCACUCCCCAAAUCUCUGGCUCUUGGGACAGUUGGCAUGCCAGGCCUUACUGCAUAUUUUGGUCUGUUCGAGGUCUGCAAGAUGAAGCCAGGAGAGACAGUGCUGGUUAAUGCUGCAGCGGGCGCUGUGGGCUCUGUGGUGGGGCAGCUUGCUAAAAUUGGGGGUUGCAAAGUGGUUGGCUGUGCUGGCUCAGAUGACAAGGUUGCGUAUCUGAAAAAAAUAGGCUUUGAUGAAGCCUUUAACUACAAGACCGUUACAUCUUUGGAUGAAGCACUGCGUAAAGCCUCUCCCGAUGGCUAUGACUGUUUCUUUGACAAUGUGGGUGGAGAAUUCUCCAGUAUUGCCAUCAACCACAUGAAGAAAUAUGGAAGGAUUGCAGUCUGUGGAGCCAUCUCUCAGUACAAUGACUCCGUGCCCCAGAAAGGACCUUAUGUUCAGAUUCCAAUGAUCUUCAAGGAGCUUCAUAUGGAAGGGUUUAUUGUCACUCGCUGGAAUAACCGCCGGGAGGAAGGUCAGAAGGCACUGCUGAAAUGGGUCCUGGAGGGAAAAGUGAAGUACCAUGAACAAGUCACUGAAGGAUUUGAGAACAUGCCAGCAGCUUUCAUUGGAAUGUUGAAGGGAGAAAAUCUUGGAAAAGCUAUUGUAAAAGUCUGAAGGUCACAUAUUCCUCGGGAGGCAGGCAAAGGAGAAUGUUUCUGUUCAGAUACGUGCUUCUAACUCACUGUUCAAAAGGUAUAUUUCAAUAUUUUUGGUGGAUGUUGGUGAAGAUAACCUCUUAAUAAUUGGUCAUAUAACUGUAAGUGUAUGCCAGUGGCUUUGCUCUUGAAGAACUUGAGACUUGCUUCCCAAAGCUAAACAAAAAAGCCUUAAAACGGUUUAACCUCAUCAGAAGUGUAACUGAUUUAAUAGUAGUUCGAACAAAUCUAAGUUGACUCAUAGAAAAAAAAAGGCCAUUCUGAAAGGUUUCCCAGCUGAUGGCACAUCUGAUGACUAAUGUUUACCUAUUGAUUUGGUCCAGAACUCAGCAAGAGGGAAUUUAAUUUUGUAAACAAUAUUAGGGAGCAAAGAUCAGGCAAACUGUUCAGGGGUUCCCAGUUUCCUCACAAGGCUGGCAAUUUAAAAAAAAAAAAUAAUCAGGAAAUACAGGCAUCUUAGUUAUUCGGGGCCUAUGGAAAGAAAAAAAAAACCUAUAAUGGAUACUUCAGCUGUGUUACAGUUCUCUUUGUGGAAUGCCUUGCUCUUCACUUCCUUGCACUUAACACACAUGCUUGCAGUAUUUUAGCCACCCUGUUUCUCUCAGCAGAUCCCACACUAUGGGUGGUAUGGCUAGGUCACGUAUUUCCUUGAGUAAUGCGGGGAUUGGUGUGUAAGCUUAAAGCUGGGCUUGCCAUGCUGUUCACCCUGGCUGUCCCUGAAGAUGGCAUCCGUAUGCUGGCCCUAUCUGCGCUACAUUCAUGUGCAGGACCCGCAUGGUGCUGAGUGAAGGAGGCUCAGAUUAGCAACAAUAAAUAUUGUAGCCGUAUUGAAAGAGCUGAACAAGAACACUUAGCUACAGGCUACAGUUAGGUUACAGAAGGUGAUGGUGUUCCAUCUCCAGGUGAAGAAUAAACACAGAUAUAGAAUUCUCGGUUAA